AUGUCGCAUGCUCCAGCACUCCUCAGGACGAACACAGCGCCUGUGUUCCCCGCCGACAACAAAUAUGGCAGCAUGUCUUCUGGUGUAGCCGGGCCCCGCGCAAGUCAGCUGUCCGGGUCCACCGUUUAUGGCUCAUCAUCGAACCCGUCGAUAGCCUCGUCAUCCACAGUCUCGACGUUGAUCGGCACUGGCAACGGCAGCGGCCCUGUUGUGGCAACCGCAAAUAUCAUCAACCAGAAGGCGGACGCGUCGAGGUCCCUCUACCAAAUAUGUAUCACGUUGAAACAAAGAUUAUCGCAGGUGCCGGGGUUCGAUCAGUACCAGCAGCAGUUCGACGACCUGACUGCUAAGAGCGAAGGAUCACCCGUAGAAGCUCUCUGGAACUUGCUGCGCACCGGUCAUCCCCUGCUCACCGUCUAUAAUGCUCUGCAGCCCGAGACGCCACUCAGCGUGGAAGGUGCUGCAGGAAGUCCCGAGAAGGUCUCCAAGAUCGCCAUUUUCAGAUUCGUCCAAAACUGCAUGGCCCAGCUCAAGAUCCCCGCCGCCGAGUGUUUUGUGAUCAACGACCUAAUGGGAAAUGACACCACCGGAUUUGUCAAGGUGACUGCCGUGGUAAAUUACGUCCUGGAUCUCGCACAAAAUCAAGGAAAGCUGUUAGAGCCUGCCCCGUCGAAUGCCUUCCAAGAAGAUGUGGCUGGCGCAGGGUCUCAGAUGACCUACCGUGAUCACAUCAUCAAAGAAAUGGUCGACACGGAGCGGAAAUACGUCCAAGAUUUGGAAAACCUUCACGACUUGAAAAAGGCGUUGGAGCAAAAGGGUGCUAUUCCCGGCGAUAUUGUGCACCAGAUCUUCCUCAACAUCAACGCCAUCCUCGACUUCCAGAGACGCUUUCUCAUCAAAGUGGAAACAACCAACUCGAUGCCUCCAACUGCACAGCAAUGGGGAGCGCCUUUCGCUCUGUACGAAGAGGCUUUCAACAUCUACCAACCCUUCAUUGCGAACCAGCGAAAAGCAGCGCAGGUUGCCAACCAAGUAUUUGACAAGAUCCAGGUGGUCCAGCAUCCUGUCGCCUGCGAUUUCAACACCUUGGAUGGUUUCUUGCUGAAACCUAUGCAAAGGCUCGUGAAGUACCCGCUACUUUUGAAAGAUUUAUUAAAGAAGACGGAGGAUGUUACUAUCAAGCAAGAUCUGACAACGGGUAUUGGUGCUGCAGAGCGUGUCCUCUCCAAGGCCAACGAGGCUGUCAACCGUGACCUUCUUGAUGAAGCAUUAGAAGACCUGAUCAGAAGAGUCGAUGACUGGAAAAAUCACAGGGUGGAGCAAUUCGGAAGACUAUUGCUGCAUGGCGUCUAUACUGUGGUUACGGGGCGCAGCGACCAAGAGAAAGACUACGAGAUCUAUCUGUUCGAGUGCAUUCUCCUGUGCUGUAAGGAGGUACAGCCGAACAAGAACAAGGAUAAGAAGGACAAGACCAAAUCUCUACCCAAGGUCCGCAACAAGAACAACAAGCUUCAGUUGAAGGGGAGGAUAUUCAUGACCAAUGUGACUGAAGUCCUCUCCUUCGCCAAACCAGGCUCAUACACCGUUCAAAUUUGGUGGAAGGGAGAUCCCGGUGUCGAAAACUUUGUCAUCAAGUUUACGAACGAAGAGAUGAUGAAGAAAUGGGCGACUGGUCUGGACAACCAGCGAAAGACAAACACUCCGGCGGCUCCAGCAAGUCCCGAACAAUCAGCACCUGAUUUUGCCUGGAUGCGUAACGCAGAGGGUCUCGAGAAUCCUUACAAGCAACAGAACGAAAGCGAUGAGGACGAUGACGAUAGUCAGGUGCCGCCAGGGCAGAUGAGUUCCUCAAAUGCCGGGUUCGGUGGGCAGUCAACCGGCGGGGUCAUGACCCGUAACGCCUCCAGUACCAGCUUAAGAGCGCGCUCCGCGACGGGAGAGAGCACGCAGUCCUUGGCGGGCAUUGCUAGAGCACCACCGCCACGCUUCCCCUUACCGGCACUUCCUGGGCAGCUCAGCUUGCAGACACAAGGGGUGCCUCUUCCUGGAGCGGGCUCGCCUGGCCCGCGCGGAGGGGACUCGUACUUCUCGCCGACAACAGAGUCGCCCGUCUCCACGAGGACGAGCACGGCCGGCAGCAUGCAGUUCGCUUCUGGAUAUCCCUUCCCGAAGGCUGGAACACCACAGGGAUGGGAAGAUACCAAUCGUUAUACGGCGCCCGCAAUGCCUCGUGCGCCGUCUCGGGAUGGAUCCUCCCCUGUGAACCAGUAUACCAUCAACGGAAGGAACCCACGUGGACCGUCAAUGCCUGUCAUGGCCUCGCAGCAGACUUUGGCGCAGCAACAAAGAAACCGGUCGUACAGCACACCAGACAUCAACGGGCAAAACGUACAAAAUGGACCUGGCCGCAGAUCCAACAGCAGCACUCCUGUUCCGGCUGUACCGGGGAUACCGGCGCAUCUUCAUGCCGCCCAUGAUCCUAAUAUCCCCCGAUCGCAGAGCGGUUCGCCCAUGCCGCAGGAUAUCCCUAUACGAACCAGCACACAGAGCCCAGGAACCCAACGAGAACGCAUGCAUCAGUCUCAAGGAUCGCUUGGUGGCCAGAUGGGCCAGUUUCCAAUGAAGCCAUUGUAUCCCGGACGAUCGACGCCUGGGCCUGGUGCACAGGCUGGAGCACCACCACCGUUGCAGCUUGACAACAGGGCCGCCGUAUCACCGGCGCUCGGGACUGCUACGAAUCCGUUAUUUAGCCCUCAGCCCGACUUGCCAACCCAGCUCAAGGUGAAGGUGAACUGCGACAGUGGCAACUACAUAACGCUCGUCGUUGCCUUCAAUAUCACCUACCAAUCCAUGAUCGACCGCAUCGAUGCUAAGCUCUCACGCUUCACUGACAGCUCAAUUGGUAAGGGCAAUUUGAAGCUGCGGUACCGUGAUGAAGACGGUGACUUUGUCAACAUCGAAAGCGACGAAGAUAUCCAGAUCGCCUUCUUGGAGCACCGGGAUGGUUCGAAGAACCAAUACAACAUGGGCGGCGUCGGAGAGAUAGAACUCUUCUGCGUCGGCGACAUGUAA